AUGGAACGAAAUCCAUUCGGAUAUCAACCAUGGGCGGAUAACCGGUCAUUCAAUGCUAUGUUCGAUAUCCUUGAAGCAGACAUUGUCGUGUUUCAGGAAACCAAGAUCCAGCGAAAAGAUCUUCGAGAUGACAUGGUCCUCGUGCCAGGCUGGGACUGCUACUUUAGUCUUCCCCGGCAUAAGAAAGGCACGUUUUACAAUAUGCCGCUUUAUAAACCACCACGAUCUAACCGUUCUCCAGGCUACUCUGGCGUAGCGAUUUAUACGCGCAAUGCAACAUGUGCGCCAAUCCGCGCAGAGGAAGGCGUCACGGGCCUCUUGUGUCCUCCAAACUCCGCAAUCCCAUAUCGCGACCUGCCGAAUCAUCAGCAAAUUGGGGGAUACCCUUCUGAGGAGCAGCUGUCCAGCUUGCAAACUGACCCAGCGACACUCGAUUGCGAAGGGCGUUGCGUCAUACUUGAAUUUCCAGCAUUCGUACUCCUUGGAGUCUAUUGCCCGGCUGCCCGUGACGAGACUCGCGAUGAUUUCCGCCAAGGGUUUAUUGGUCUGCUGGAUGCCCGCAUACGGAAUCUCGUGUCGAUGGGUAAGAGGGUUAUCUUGACAGGAGACCUGAACAUCUCCGUGGGCGAGAUAGAUUCCGCUCAUCUGACCGAAGCCAUCCGCAAAGGCACUGGGAGCGAAGAUGAAUUUGUCUCGACGCCUGUCCGGCGAGUCUUUAACCAGUUAGUUGAAGGAGCGAAAGUAAUAGGUGAGCGUGACCUGGGGAGGGAAUCCCCCGUGCUCCACGAUAUCUGUCGAUCGUUUCAUCCAGACCGAAGGGGGAUGUACACUUGUUGGGAGACGAGGGUGAAUGCAAGACCGGGAAAUUAUGGAGCGAGAAUCGAUUACAUCCUGUGUAGCCUGGACAUGAAGGACUGGUGGAGCGAGUGCGAUAUUCAGGAAGGUCUUAUGGGCUCUGAUCAUUGUCCGGUAUUUUCUGUGUUCAAGGACAAUGUCUUCAUCGACGGAGCUGAGAAUGAUAUCCAUGAUAUUGUAAAUCCUCCUGGCGCGUUUGCAAAUGGCAAGCGGCAGCGUGAAUAUUCGACAAAGGAUCUUUUGCCUUUGUCCGGCCGUCUAAUCCCGGAAUUCGACCGGCGACAGAAUAUCAAGGAUAUGUUUUCCCGCAAGCCAUCGUCGUCUUCCAAGGCAAGCCGCACGCCCACCAUACUUGAAUCAAACGGAAACCAUGCCACAACUCCAUCUAGGUCUGCGUCCUCGGAAUUAAUCCAGCUCUCUCAGAGUCCAUCUAAACAGCCAAUGCAAUCAAACACAUUUCUCCCCACAAAUGGUUCUUCCAAACGUAUUCGAAAAGAAAGCACGCCCGCACCGCCGCCCAAACGAAGUAAAUCUACAGGGAAGUCGGAUAUAGGAACGUCAGGCAAAGGUCAGCAAAGUCUAAUGGGCUUUUUCAAACCGAAGAACACGGACAAGGCACAGAACCUGAGUGAAGUUCAAGAAGCCAGCGAUCCAGCUUCACAAGCUACUUUUCAAUUCAGUCCUUCGAAGCCGGCAACUCCGUUGCCGUCCAAACCUAUCCCAGAGUCACAACCUUCGAUUCGGGCUCUAGACGACGCAACGACAGAAGCAAUUGAUGAGCCUGUGAUCGAUCCUAUAGUCAGCAAGGAGUCCUGGACAAAGCUAUUCACGAAAAAAACAAUGCCCACAUGCGAAGACCAUGAAGAGCCUUGCAUCAUGCUCACGACUAAGAAGCCGGGCAUCAACUGUGGCCGAUCCUUUUGGAUGUGCUCACGACCGCUAGGCCCCACGGGGCAGAAAGAGAAGGGGACUCAGUGGCGAUGCAGAACCUUUAUAUGGGCCAGCGAUUGGAAUGGGUAG